ACGUUUCCAGCGUGCCGCCGUGAGUGAAGUUUGCGAAAUAAACAUGUGAAACUUUCGCUUAUAUUAAUAGAUCGUUUCCACCCCCCCCUUCAUACCAACCACCCUAUUCGUCAAAUUCACAACAAUACGUUUGAGCUACAGUUGUCUUCUGCAACUUCAAAAAAAGGUAAAAAAAAAAAACAUGGCCUCUCCUGCUGUGCUGGUGGACGCCAAGGCAGAGCUGACCUCUCUGCUGGACCAAUGGGAGACGGAGCAGCAAGGAACCACUGACGACCUGGUCUCCAUCCUCACCAAAAUCUCUGAGCUGGUAGAGCGCGAGACAGAGGAGUAUCAUAAAGCUGAUCCUGAUCCGUUUGAUGACCGACAUCCAGGACGAGCAGACCCAGAAUGCAUGUUGGGACAUUUACUCAAAAUCCUCUUCAAGAAUGACGACUUCACAAACGCGUUGCUGAAUAGCUAUGUGAUGACCAGUAGAGAGCUGUCCAUGAACACGGCUGCGUGUCGUCUGCUACAGAACAUAAUGCCAGGUCUGGAGACAGCUGUGGUGUUCCAGGAGAAGGAGGGUCUGGUUGAGAAGCUGUUUAAAUGGGCCCAGGAGGCAGAGCAGCCUCUGUGUAUCUAUGCUACAGGGCUACUGGCCAGAGCGAUGGAGAACCAGGAGAUAGCUACCAACUACAGGGAUGACAACUCUAAACUGGUGCCACUAAUGCUGAUGCGGCUGCGUGAGCUGCAGGAUAAAGACUCAAAGAGUCGCCAGGCCUUAAAACACCCCAGUCCAAAGAAGGCAUCUCAGUCCCUCCAGUCUGUAGCAGAGGAACCUACAGACAGAGACACCGAUGAGGAAGAGGACAGCACAUCUCAGAAUACAGCAACGGAUAACAUGGAGGAAGAUGAGGAGGAGGAAGAGGAGAAGAAGAAAAAAGAGAGAGGAAGAGAGACAACAUGUAGUAGUAGUAGUAGUAGUUGUAGCAGGCCUGCGUGGUCCAGGCCCAAGCCGUCGUUCCACUUGGGUAAGGCCCAGAAGACCAGCAGCUGUGUAUCGGUGAAGCCCAUUCCAGACCCCCUGUACCAGCCAGGUCCAGGCCCAGGCCCCGAGACCAGCCUGGGAGAGCCUGAAACCAGGGGGCAGGAGUCUGGAGGAGGACUGGGGAGGAAGAGAACAGCCAGGGAGAAUGGAAGGAAAGUCAAACAGAAACUCCACUUCACCACCCCUUCCAUGGAUCCAGAGAGAGGCUUGUCCUGCUGUACCGGUAGUGACCAGUCUAACAGUAGCUGGUCAGAGAUCAGCUCCUGGGUCAUUGGGGGUAACUACCGGCUGUACCCCCUCACCCCUGCUAUAGAGCAACGCCUCAUCCUCCAGUACCUCACACCCCUAGGAGAUUACCAGGAGCUGCUAGCUGUGUUCAUGCAGAUGGACACCAGAGAGCUUCUUAUGCACUACAUUGACCUGAAACACACCAACGAUGUCCAGCUCACCUUCGACUCACUCCUGUACCUCGCCUCCCUGCUCCUGCACAAGAAGUUUGCUGCUGACUUCAUAGCUCACGGAGGAGUGCAGAAGCUGCUGGAAAUCCCCAGACCCUCCAUGGCUGCCACUGGGGUGUCACUGUGUCUCUACUACCUAGCUUAUAACCAGGACGCCAUGGAGAGGGUGUGUAUGCUGCCGGACAGUGUGCUGUCAGACAUGGUGGGCUAUGCCUUGUGGCUCCUGGAGUGUUCCCACGCGUCGGGCUGCUGCCACACCACCAUAUUCUUCUCCAUCUCCUUCUCAUUCAGAGCCAUACUGCAGCUGUUUGACCACCAGGAUGGCCUCAGGAGACUAGUUAACCUGAUCAGUACAUUAGAGAUCCUGAACCCAGAGGACCAGGGGGCCAUGUUGAGUGACGACCAGGUGUUCUCCAGCCGUCAGACAGCCAAACACACCUGUAUGUGCCUGAGAAGGUACUUCGAGGCCCACCUGGCUGUCAAGGUGGAGCAAGUCAAACAGUCCCUCCAGAGAACUGAAGGGGGCGCUCAAGUUCACCCUCAGCCUUACUACAAGUCGUGUUCGUACAGUCAUGAGCAGGUGGUGGACAUGAUCGACUUCCUAAUAGACUGUGGACCCACUCAGCUUCACUGGGAACCUGUGGAGGUGUUUCACAAGCUCUCCUGUAUUCCCCUCGUGUUACAACUCAUCUCCAUAGCAUGUGACUGGAGGAGUUACUAUGGCAGGUCUGAUACGGUGCGUUUCGCCCUGGACAUCCUGGCUAUGCUGACUGUAGUACCUAAAGUUCAGCUGCUGCUAGCUGAGACUGUAGACGUGCUGGAUGAAGGAGGAUCCACCGUCUGCACUGUCGGAAUGAGUAUUAUCCUGGGGGUGGCGGAGGGAGAGGUGUUUGUCAACGAUGCAGAGAUCCAGAAGUCAGCGCUCCAGGUGGUCACCAACUGUGUGUGUGCCCCCGACCAGACCCUCACUUCAAUGGGCAGCUUUCUGCAUCACCCCCCACAGGAGAGUGUGCUCGCCAAGAUGUGGAACGUUGUCCAGGCCAACAAUGGCAUUAAGGUCCUCCUUGGUUUACUGACGGUCAAGAUGCCCAUCACGGACGCAGAUCUGAUUCGAGCGUUGGCUUGCAAGGCUCUGGUUGGUCUGUCUCGCUCCAGGGCUGUCAGCCAGAUCAUCUCCAAGCUGCCUCUAUUCUCCUCCUCACACAUCCAGCAGCUGAUGAAGGAACCUGUGCUGCAGGACAAACGCUCCCAACACGUUCGCUUCUGUCGUUACUCUGCCGAGCUCAUAGAGAGGGUGUCGGGUAAACCCUUGUUGAUAGGGACAGAUGUGUCUUUGGCCCGGCUCCAGAGGGCUAACGUUGUGGCCCAAUCACGUAUCUCCUUUCCUGAGAAGGAGUUGUUGCUGCUCAUCAGGAACCACCUGGUGGCUAAAGGACUCCAGGAUACCGCCUCAGCCCUCACCAAGGAGGCUAAUCUCCCCUGCGGCCCGCUCUCCCUCUCCAUCCCCCUUUCCUCCUCUCCCUCGCUCUACCAGGCAGUCUCUGUAGCUCCUCCCCCUGUCUCAUCGUCCGCUGUAUUACCCAGAACCCCAAGGGGCAUGGUCAACGGAGGAUUGGUAGUGGCUGCUCGCCUCACUGCGGUGACCCAAUCGUCUUCGUCUUCCUCGGUCCGUCCCUCCUCCUCCUUCCCUCCUUGUACCCCUCACGGCCCACCUCCCCAUGGUUCGCCCCAGAUGGGGCGUAUCCUAUUCACGCGGGAGCGCUCCUCGGUCCUCUGUAGCCCUGGGACUGGACUUGGAGGCAGUAGUGGGAAACGGUCCUCCAGUGUGCUGAGACAGAAGUCAGACCACGGGGCUUUUAGCCAGAGUCCUGCCAUGAAGAAACAGCUGGACAGACACCUGCCUUCCCCGCCUGCCCUGGACAGCAUCAUCACGGAGUACCUCAGGGAGCAGCACGCCAGGUGUAGGAACCCGGUGACUACCUGCCCCCCAUUCUCCCUGUUCACACCCCACCAGUGCCCAGAGCCCAAGCAGAGAUGCCAGGCCCCCACUAACUUCACCUCCAGACUGACCAGCAGGGUGCUGUAUCCUAAACAUGGAGGGGUGGACGGAGGUUGUCUGGACAGACACCUCAUCUUCAGCAGGUUCCGGCCCAUCUCAGUGUUCAGGGAGGCUGAGGAUGAUGACAGUGGUUUCACCUGUUGUGCCUUCUCAGCCCGCGAGCGUUUCCUGAUGCUGGGGACGUGUACAGGACACCUGAAGCUCUAUAAUGUGUUCAGCGGUCAGGAGGAGGCUAGCUACAGCUGUCAUACUUCAGCCAUCACUCACCUUGAGCCCUCACGGGACGGUUCUCUGCUGCUGACGUCUGCCUCGUGGAGUGUCCCUCUGUCAGCUCUCUGGAGCAUGCAGUCUGUCUUCGAGAUGAAGCAUUCCUUUUUGGACGACCAUUACGUAGAGUUCAGUAAACUGUCACAAGACAGAGUGAUUGGCACCAAGGACCAGGUAGCUCAUAUCUAUGACAUACAGUCAGGCCAGAAGUUGCUGACCCUUAAUGACCCUGGCCUGGCCAACAACUACAAGAGGAACUGUGCGACCUUUAACCCCAGCGACGACCUGGUGCUCAACGACGGGGUCAUGUGGGACGUGCGCUCUGCUCAGGCCAUCCACAAGUUUGACAAGUUCAAUAUGAACAUCAGCGGCGUGUUCCAUCCCAACCGCCUCGAGGUCAUCAUCAACACAGAGAUUUGGGACCUGAGGACGUUCCAUCUCCUCCACACUGUGCCUGCCUUGGACCAGUGUAGAGGAGUCUUCAACAACAACGCCACGGUCAUGUACGGAGCCAUGCUCCAGGCUGAUGAGGAGGAUGAUGUGAUGGACCAACAGAUGAAGAGUCCCUUUGGUUCCUCCUUCAGAACCUUUGACGCCACCGACUACAAACCCAUCGCUACUGUGGAUGUGAAGAGGAAUAUAUUUGACCUGUGUACUGACACUAGGGACUGCUACCUGGCUGUCAUCGAGAACCAGGACUCUAUCAACAUGGACACGGUGUGUCGCUUGUAUGAAGUGGGGAGACAGAGACUAGCUGAGGAAGGAGAGGAUGAUGAAGAUCAGGAGGAUCAAGACGAUGAUGAAGACUCUGACGACGACGACGAUGAAGAUGACGACGAUGAUGACAUGGAGACUGACCCGCUGUUGGCCGAGCUGAUCGAGGGAGGAGACGGAGAGGAGGAUGGAGGUAACGACUUCUCUCCCUCGGAUGAUGAAGCAGUGGCCAGGCUGCUCGAUGCUGAUGCUGAUGAUGAUGAGGAUGACUCGAACAACGAUGCUGAGAUUGACCUGGGAUCUGACAGUUCCGACAGCUCAGACGGCAGCACUGACACCUCGGAUCUGGAGGACCAACUCUUCCUGUCUAUGAGCGACUAAAACAGCGAACAGGACAUGACAACCAGGAAGUGACAAAAGGGACACAACAAGGAUCCACCCAUUGGGGGACCCCCCCCCCCCCCCCUUAUGAAUGUGAAUUCAUAUGCACAAAGAGAAAAUAUGAAAUAAAAAGAUGGUAUUUGAAGCAAUCCCAGGUGUGAGAUGGUAAUAGUGAAGGACCGAUGACUGUUGACUGAUGGUGUUGUUGGACAUGACAGGCUACCUACUGAAUUCCGGAUGUAACCCCUAGCAACUACACGCUAGGCGCUCUUGUAGGUCAGAGAAUUUUGCAUUGCCUUUCAAUGCCUCUUAAGAUGUUCUUGGGUGUAGGGUCUUGGGUUCCAUUUGGAAGUCUGCACUAGUUUGACAAGGGGAAAGAGACUUGAUAUUAUAGACCGAAGGACACUUAGACAAAACUAUCAACACUUUCUUUAUCUGACGUGUAGCAAUUUGAAUUGUACAAAAAUACGAUAUUUUUUUUUUUCCCUCCAGAUUUUUUGUUGGCCUUUUGACUUUUGAUGUUUUAAUUUGGUAUGUUUUAAUUUUGGGGGAUUUGUAGCUGUAAAAUAGCUACUGCUCUUGUAUUUAUUAUAUUAGGAUCCCCAUUAGUUGUAGCAAAAGCAGCAGCUACUCUUCUUGAGGUCCACACAGAACACAGAACACAGAACACAGAACAUGACACAUAAUACAGAACACAGAACACAGAACACAUAAUACAGAACACAGAACACAGGACACAGAACACAGAACAUGACACAUAAUACAGAACACAGAACACAGAACACAGGACACAGAACACAGAACAUGACACAUAAUACAGAACACAGGGCACAGAACACAUAAUACAGAACACAGAACACAGGACACAGAACACAUAAUACAGAACACAGAACACAGGACACAGAACACAGAACAUGACACAUAAUACAGAACACAGAACACAGAACACAGAACACAGAACACAGGACACAGGACACAGGACACAGGACACAGGACACAGGACACAGAACACAGAACACAGAACACGAAACAUGACAUUAAUACAUAACAUUUAAUAGACAAGAACAGCUCCAGGACAGAACAGAGCUCGUUGCUACAUCCAGCCCUGUUAAAUCUACUGGUUAAUACUAAGACUACUAUCGCUUUAAGGAUGCAACCUUCUCCGUUAAAUUUAAGUUAUGACAACAAACAAUGGCAGACAACUUUCCAUUAUUUUAGUGUUUCAGAUUGACUGUUUUGCAAAACAUUGUCAAGCUAACCAGUCAAGAGUCAAAAUGAUGUCUAGCUUCAAAACUGUUUAAUUUAUUUACUCUAUUAUAAUUUUUUGAGGGGUUAUUGUACUUUGUCAAAUGCCAGUGACAAUUAAUAUAAAAUAUUCAUACAAAUUUAA